AGCCAUGGCGACCGCGCCGCCGCCGUCGACGGCGAUGUCCCGCCGCAGCACCCAGCCGGCGAGCAAGACGGCGCGCCGGCAAGGAGGCGAGCUCCGGUGCGGCCGUGGUCGCGCGGAGGAGCAAGUAGAAGGCUCCGGAGGCGGCGAACCUGACCGAAUGCGUCGCAGGCGUAGCUUCCCCCUUCGUCCCAUCGCCGGCGAACAUCACCAGAUCAGAUGAAACUGUACAAGAGGGGGAAUUUUCCUCUGGAUUAGUAUUCAAUUUCCAGUUUCCCACCAAGUAGGGCAAUAUCAAGGUUGAAUUAUCCGUGGCAACUUGCGCUGUUCACGUACACACUCAUGAUAGUUACUGAUGGAUACAUCGUAAAUUUACUACUUGCAAUGGGGACUAGAGGAAAUAAAUCAUAAGAGUGACAGCGCAGGCUGCAGCUUCUUCUGGGUACAGUAUGGCGUUGCCAGGUUGCCCUGACAAGUGCGGAAACAUUUCCAUCCCCUACCCUUUCGGCAUCGGCCCCAGCUGUGCUGCAACCAGCAUCAGCAGCUACUUCAAUCUCACCUGCAACAACACCUUCAACCCACCACGGCCUAUGGUUGGGGACUCUGAAGCACUCGUCGAGGUCACUGACAUCUCACUGGAGCACGGCGAGAUGCGGGUACUCAGCCCUGUCUACUACAUCUGCUUCACGGCAAAUACCACGUUCACCAGGUUCACCGAAGGGUAUGAGCUGAAGCACACACCCUUCCUCCCCUCCCCGUCACGCAACCGCUUCACGGUCAUCGGUUGCAACACCCUGGGGCUCAUCGGUGGCUACAAGGGAACCGUGAGCCACUAUGUGACUGGUUGCUACUCCUAUUGUGAGAGCAUCAACAGCACAUCUGAUGGGGCGCCAUGUGCAGGGAUGGGCUGCUGCGAGGCCGCCAUACCGACUGACCUCACCGCCUGGGGGGCGAUGUUUGAGAUGAACCAGAGCAAGGUAUGGAGCUUCAACCCGUGUUUCUAUGCCAUGGUCAGUGAGGUUGGGUGGUACAGCUUCCAGCAGAAGGACCUUGUUGGCCACCUUGGGUUCAUAGAUGACAGAGCUCAGAGGGGAGCACCUGUUGUGGCUGAUUGGGCCAUUAGGAAUGGCUCAUGCCCGGAAGAGGGGAAAGGCAUACCUGGUGAUUAUGCGUGCAUCAGCGCAAACAGCUACUGCAUGGACGCGAACAAUGGUCCAGGGUACUUAUGCCAGUGCUCCAAAGGGUAUGAGGGCAACCCUUAUCUUCUGAACGGCUGCCAAGACGUGGAUGAGUGCGCAUUACGUAAGCAGGAUCCCAAGUAUGAAGAUAUAUAUCCUUGCAGGAAAGGAGUCUGCCACAACACACCAGGAGGAUAUUUAUGCAAAUGCAAGUUAGGAAAAAGAUCUGAUGGUACAAAUUAUGGAUGUCGACCUCUGCGUACUACAGCAGAGCAAGUGGUUAUUGGCACCAGUGUUUCGGCCAUUGCGCUAAUGGCUUUGACAUGCGUGUUGGCCAUGCAAAUACAAAGGAAAAGGCAUAAGAAGGACAAAGAUGAGUAUUUCAAGCAAAAUGGAGGUCUAAAGCUAUAUGAUGAGAUGAGAUCAAGGAAGGUAGACACAAUCCGCAUACUCACUGAAAAAGAUAUAAAAAAGGCCACUGACAACUACAGUGAAGAUCGAGUUCUUGGAAUUGGAGGUCACGGAAUGGUCUACAGAGGAACUUUGGAUGACAACAAAGAGGUAGCCAUAAAGAAGUCCAAAGUAAUUAACGAUGAAUGGAGGGAAGAAUUUGUCAAUGAGAUAAUAAUCUUGUCACAGAUCAACCACAGAAACAUUGUGAGGUUGAUAGGAUGUUGCCUGGAUGUACAUGUCCCCAUGUUGGUCUACGAGUUUGUCUCCAAUGGGACCUUGUCUGAGUUCCUCCAUGGCACUGAUCAUAGAUCACCAAUCCCCUUGGACAUUCGCCUGAAAAUAGCCACACAAUCAGCAGAAGCUCUAGCGUACCUGCACUCAUCAACAUCUCGCACAAUCCUUCAUGGGGAUUUCAAAUCGGCCAAUAUUCUUUUGGAUGGUCAGCACAAUGCAAAGGUUGCAGAUUUUGGGGCAUCAGCGCUGAAGUCCAUGAACGAAAGUGAGUUCAUCAUGUUUGUCCAAGGAACUUUGGGCUACCUUGACCCGGAGAGCUUCAUUAGCCAUUGUCUUACCGACAAGAGUGAUGUCUACAGUUUUGGGGUGGUUCUGCUGGAGCUGAUGACAAGAAAGAGGGCAAUCUUUGCCAAUAGCAUCAAUGAAAAGGAAUCAUUGUCCUAUUCUUUUCUCCUGAUGUUUGAUCAGAACAUUCACCGGAAUAUGCUGGACAGAGAAAUUAUGGAUAAAGAAACCAUGGUUGUUCUUGAGAAACUUUCCAUUCUUGCCGCCAACUGCCUGCGACCAAGAGGAGAUGACCGGCCAACGAUGAAGGAAGUUGCAGAGUGCCUACAGAUGAUAAGGAGACACCCAAUGCACGCAGCUAGUGAUCACAAAGGAGACAGCUCUGCGCAUCACAACUAUGAAGGAUCUUCAUCACCAUCAAUGUCUGCCCAUUUCGACGAAACGAUAUACAAGAGCAUAGAGGCAUCCAGAUUGGUACAAGAUCUUGUGAGAUGAUGGUAUGCUUGUGCCAGCACUUAAUGUGUUAAUAUCUUGUGUAGAUAUCAUAGUAAAUACGGUAUAAACCAAUUUCUGUAAUCCCCUUGUAUGAGAAAAUUAGCAAUUUGUUCCCCGUGGUGAUGACUGAUGAUGAAUGCUUCCAUUCUGAAUAAAUAUUCAGUUGUACAGAGUCCAA